UAGCGUGUUGGAGGAAAUCCGAUUGAGUACACAAAAAAUACGCAUGGCUAGUUGUCAAUUCCCUGCCGAAGAUGAAGAUUAAAACAGUCUCACCCACAGUAGACGCUUCUGUAGAUGCCGCGACGAUGCGAUUUGUCGUUGAGCCAGCUCGCCUCUAGUAUUUAUCCACUCUGCUCGCCAGUAGAUUUGUGGAUCUGUGUAGGCAUUCUGCAGUAGAAGAGUGUAGAGAACUCCAAUGGAGAGCAGUACGGUCGUAGUGUUUCCAUUACCUGUAAUUGGGCACAUAACUCCCAUGCUUCACUUUGCUGCUCGUCUUGUCUCGCAGGGCCUCAAAGUCACGUUCGUCACCACCAGAAGAACACAAUCGAGAGUUCUCCGAGCAAUCAGCGAGACUAUGCCCGACUCUGCAAGCACACUCAAGUUCGUUAGCAUUCCAGAUGAUCAGUUGGAAGAGCAAGGAGAUACCAAGAAAACCGGCAUAGAAGCAAUCUGGGAGGCGAUAGCUCUCAUGCACAGUUUGCGAGGAACGUUUGAAAGGCUGCUGAAGGAAAUACUCGAUCAAGAGCAGCGAGUUGCUUGUCUAGUCUCUGAUUUCCUCCUGGAUUGGACGGGCGAAGUCGCGGCAAAAUUCCAUCUUCCGAGAGCUGCCUUUUGGACUUCGAAUGCGGCAUUCUUGCUGUUAAUGAUCCAUGCGCCAGAUUUAGUUUCCAGCGGAUGCGUCCCUCUGCGAGAGGAAACAAAGGACGAGUUCAUUCCAUAUCUCGAAGGAGUUCCACGGCUGCGAGCGAGGGAGCUCCCAUUCGCACUCCAUGCGGACAGUCCAGCAGAUCCUGGUUUCAAACUAAGCCAGAGCUCCAUUAGGAACAAUCUCAAGGCUUCUUGGGUUGUCACGAAUACCUUUGACGAGAUAGAGGUGGAAGCCAUCGCUGCUCUCCGCCAGUUCGUCGAGCAUGAGUUAGUGGUGCUCGGUCCGGUGCUGCCAAGCUCCUCCUCCUCCCUGGAAACAGCCAAAGACACAGGAGUGAUACUUAAGUGGCUGAACAACAAGAAGAAAGCUUCGGUGCUCUAUAUCUCGUUUGGAACGGUGGCGGGGAUAGAUUCCAUGCGCUCGAUCGAGGAGCUCGCGAGAGGCUUGGAGGUUAGCGGCAUAGAUUUUGUUUGGGUGUUUAGAACCAACUUGGUGGAAGACAAAGACGAGGAUUUCAUGGAAAAGUUCCAGGAGAGAACGAAAGCUCUGGAGAAAGGAUUAGUUGUUCCAUGGGCACCACAGCUCCAAGUGCUCCAGCACAACGCGGUGGGAGGAUUUCUCACGCACUGCGGCUGGAAUUCCGUCCUGGAGAGCAUCUGGAGCGGAGUUCCAAUGCUGGGAUGGCCUUGCAUGGCCGAGCAGAAUCUCAACCAGAAAUUCAUCACGGACAUCUGGAAGAUCGGCGUGCCAUUCGACGCCGCCAUGGACGCUACAGCGAUUUCCAGCGCCGUGGUCAAGCUGAUGCAGGGAAAAGAGGGCAAAUGGGCGAGAAAAAGUGUCGCAAGAAUGAGAAUCGCCGGUCAACGCGCCCUGGCGCCCGGAGGAACAUCCCACAAAUCCCUGGAAGAGUUUGUGGAAUCUCUCAAGCUGGAUCGAGCAGCGUAGCUUCUUUCUCGGAUCUAAGGGCUAAAUUAAAUGCCUGUGACGUACGUACCUCCGCGCAAGUCUCCUUUUUCUAGGGUUCUUGAGAUUCCCGCCCAAAUACAUUUGACUUUUCCCGCGA